AUGGCGGCACUCGCUAUGUUGCCCACCGUGUCCUUGGCCAAUGACGAGGAGGACGAAGCUCUCUCACUUCAGGCCACGCAAUCGCCCGUCGCAGCAGUGGAUCCCGUGUCAGUGCCGAGGCCCGCACCACCGGUCUGCAGCGAGAGCAAAUCCUCGGCUCCUGCGGGCCUCAGCUCUGCUCUGCUACACCUGGAAACGAUCAGUCCUCCGACUAGUGAUGACGAGGAGGAUUUGCCACAACCUCAGAUGCUUGAACAGGCUGCAUACAACAUUCUUGAACUACCCGAUUUUGAUUUUGACAGCUGUUCGCGAGGCCCCGAGUCACCCACUCCGGCACAACAGGCGUCUGGGCCCGCCACGCCCCUGCGCAAGGCGCGGAGCGACUCGCCGGUAUCCCGACACCAAAGUGAUGCUGCUGCCAUGGAUACGGACGACGACGAAGAGGGACAUGCCUCGCCCCAAUCCACCAUUCAAGCUUUCAAGUCCUCGGCCAAAGCCAAGUUGGCCGCUGGCUCAACAAACCCGGAGCAACAUGAUGGCAGUGUAGUGAGUGAGCCCGACGCCAAAACUGAGACAAAGCCCGAUGCUUCCUCCUUGACGGAACGUACAUCCAAAAUGUCCAAGCGUCAACUGGAGCGCCUCCGGGCCGAGGAACGCGAGGCACAGAAGCGCGAAUCUGCCCGCUUGAUCCGAGAGCAAAAGACAUUGCGGUUGCGGGCGCAUCAACCAGCCACCAAGUCUAUGAAUGCGCUGUCCAGCAUUUUUGCUCGUGCUGGCGUCUCAUCCUCAGCAAAAAAACACGCAACGUCCCUCAACCCACGAGCGCGAUUGCUCCGCAACGUGCCCCUUCAGCGACUACAAGCCAAGCCUAUGUUGGGCGCCGGCAUUCGCCGUACCACAUCAGCCCCAACAACCCAGCGCACGACCUCAUCAGAAGACAGUCCGUCACACAAUCAAAUUUUGCGCGAGGGCGCGCAUAUUGAUCUCAAUCCAGUUGAAGUGACACCCGACGACGGCUUGCUUCGUCGUCAGGAUUUGCGAGCUCAGUUGAAAAAGCGAGUAAUUCGCGAACGUCGCAUUCUCUACGAGCGCGACGAGGCUGUCCGUCGGAUGGAUGAGGAGGAUUUUGAUGAGGAACAAGCCGCUGACUUGCUGGCCCACGGCUCCGAAAAUGAGGACGAUGAGGGGGAGGAUGACGCAGAAGUUCUUGAUGAAGAAGAGGAUGAAGCGACUGACGAUGAGGGCGACGAGGAAGCUGAUGGCAGUGAAGGCGUCGCAGAUAUCAGCGGCGAAGACAGCAAUGCCAUGGAAGGCGACGCUGGGGAUGGUGUUGAUUCCAAGCGGCCUGACGAGAGCGAAAAAGACAAAAACAAAGACAAAGACGAAGACGAUGAAGAAGACGAAGAAGACGCAGCUGCAUUGCGCUUGCUUGCCGCCGCUCAGGAGGAAGCCAACAAACCUACUCAUGCACCAGCACUCCCACGCCUGCAAACAGAAUCCACUGUUGUCUUAUUCGGACAGGUACCGCCAAAGCCGCAGCUACCAUCUAAAGGCCAAGCUGCACCCUCGGAGGCUAGCAACUCGGGAAAAGCUUCGGCUUCCCCCACGGCAAGCUUGGCUGCGGAUUCCACCGCCAAUCCUGGCAGCGGCGAUAAGUUUGGCUUGGAUGCGUACCUGAAUCGUCCAACUCAGGACGAAGAGGAUGUUCCUCGCUUUGAGAUUGACGACAACGAAGACUUGAUGGGCUUGUGUUCGGGCCAGUUUUUGACUCAAGCCCUAGAUGAGCGGGCGCGGCGGUCGAGGACUCCCCUGCAAGCUGCUGGCGAGGCGCACCAUCUCAAGUCAAUCCCGCAGCCGGAUGAAACACCCCUCCCCCCAACCUCGGCCUUUGUCGAUGGCGAAGCUGCUGUAUCAGGGGAGGAGGAUGGCACUGACGAGGAUGAUGCGACACAAGCCAUGGUGGACGGUAGCUUCGUGGAUCACGAGCAGUCGGAGGGUGCCGAAGAUGCCCAGAACCUUGCCGCUUUUAGGCAACAGCAAAGGACUACAGAGGCUGAAGCCGAGCUGGCUGGGUUUUCCCACCUCUUGCAAAACAAGCGCAGCGUGCUUGAUGAAGACGUGGGCGAGGAUGCUGAACGCAAAGGUCGUCGUCUCACGAAGGAGGAGCGACGACGAAGGCGCGAAAUUAUGAAAGCUCGGCGCGAAUCUCGCAAGCGCCGGGCUAGCGAUCUUCGCGAGCCAGAGGAACACAGCCUCGGGAGCCGUACCUCGUUUAUGCAAGAAAGCGAGACCAUUGUCGUGGAGGACGAAUCGCCCGACGAGGAGGAAGACGCAGAAGAAUCACGCAUCGUCUUGGAGCGCGUCCAACGCAAGAUGGAGUUUGCCGCGUUUCGCCGGCGUGAACACACAGAAACCAUUACUGAGACGCUGACAGCCAUUGAUGAAGAGUCGCAGCAAGUACAUGUCUGCAUGAGUGCAGUACUUGCCCGAAGCGUGGCCCCACCGCCGCGCACCACCAGCGAUGGCUCGAGCCGUCCCUCACGCCCUUCGCGUCAGUCCCAGCACUCUCAAGAUGACCUAUUCACACCACCGUUACUAGUCCGCGAACAUAGCAGCAGCAAGUCAUCUUUUUUGAACUUCAGUCCCAAGAAGGUUAAGCGACUGCAAAGCAUGACGGCCAACAGCAAUAAGGGUGUGAAUGGAGGUCAAGCAUACGUGUUCCGUACAGACAGCAGCAGCCAAUCGUCAAAGGAUGGCAGCGCUUCGCUGAAUUCAGCCAAGCAAGCCCGCAAGCAGCAUCAUCCCACCAAGUUUAAUGCUGCCCAACGCCGACCUGCUUUGAAGCGCAGCAAAACAGCGCCACCCACUAACAACAUUUUUGCUCGCCAAAGUGCCAGCCUUCGUGAGGCCAUGAGUGGUCGUGCUUCCAAGGUUGCCACUUAUCGUGCGCGGUAG